CUCUCACUCCAUCUCCAUUCACUCAAUUAAAGUAUGCUCAUAGUCGGGCACGCGAGCUGUCGCAUCCUUUUUCUCUUUUUGAAACGGCAAAUCGCCAGCCACCUUACAAGCCAAUCUUUGGCUCUAAAAAAACCCGGAAAUACAGCGAGUGACCCAACGACUCGGCGGUCUGGAGGCCGCUCCAUUCCACGACCGUCGUCACACCCGCCCGAGUCCAGUCAAGUCGAGUCCACCCAAGCAACUCGCAGUCGAUUUUCACAGCAUUUCUCGCCUUCAGAUAAGCUUAACGCUGUCCCCAGGCCUCGUCUUCUCUUCGCAGAGGGAGCCGCAAAAAAACCGCGUGGGCCUUUUGGCAGACAGGCAGACACUCGCUGCUUUUCAGGUCUCAAGCACUUUGGAAACUACCGGAUGGUGUGGCUAGACCCAACGUCGACGCUGCGCUGCGUUAGCUGGCCACUGCUGCCGCUCAUGCUGCUGGAGACUGUGCUGGUGGGCGUGAUCCUCUGGCGCACGUUCCACCAGAUCUACUGGAGUUCACACCCGCGUCGCAUCUUCCUCCACAUCGUAUUGUUAUUGUCGUGUCUAUUGCGUCUGGUAUUCUGGCUGGGAAUGUGUAACUCGGCCAUCCUGGCCUUUGGCAUGGCGUGUAUGUGGUGGGCCAACUCGAUGGUACUGCUGUGUACUGCGGCGGUGAUUUUCCAGUGGUCCAGCGCCGUGACAGCCGGACGCGUGACGGCUCAAGAGCUGCAGAGAUCCAAGCGAAUCACCGUACUACAUCCACUAGUAUUUCUCCACUCGGUGCACUUAAUCUGGACUAUUUUCAUGGGGAUCCAUGUGAUGGCACACGGUUUGAGCACUCCCAGUGAGGUUGAGGACUACCCAGAAGAUGCCCACGCUCUGCAAUUAACUUAUCGAAUUAUUAACGUCGUCACUCUGGCCUUUGACGCAGUAGUGGCAUGUUACGUCGCAGUGCAGCUGAGAGAACGAUUGCUCUCGGCUGCUAUGGCUGAUGAUAUGAAGAAAAAGUCCGUGGUGCAGAUGACUCUGCUCAUGGUGCUCCUUACAGCGUCGUUGACGCUCCAGAUGAUCAUGGACGUGCCUACUUUCUUCUCUGCACUCAAAGAUUCGUGGAGUUCGUUGAGCUUUGCGACCUUUUGUGUCAUCAAGUACUUCAUUCCGGGUUUAUUCCUGAGUCUAGCCUUCCUGUACAUUAUGCGCCGUGUGGAACAGCGCGAACCUCCGCGAGUGGUUGUUGUACCGAACCGAUCACUUGUGGAGUUCGUGGAAUGUUCAUCGCCAGACUGUGUGUGGUGUGCACACCAUCGACGGUAUCAUUUGGACCAGAACAAGUGGGAUAUGACGCUAAUGACGUCGUUCUCGCCGCGGACAGUGGACUCGAGCUACCAUUCGUCCACUCACGCGAACUUAUCGCAGGGUUCCUGGUCCUCAGGCAGCACACCGGAGCUGCCAGUUAACACGCAUCUGUCUCGGGAUAGCCAUCACCGACUUCAUCAGUCUUAUCAAGCUCACCACCAGCCUCAACACGGACAUCAAAGCCGAGGACAUUUACCAUUUCCAGUCCAGACUCACGGAGAUUAUGAACCUCCCAGGGAAAUUCCAGGGAGACGAGGAGCACGCUACAACUGAGCAGCAACGAGAAUGCAGAGGGAGAGACAAAAAAAAAUCAGCGUGUUUCAUAUGCACGCGCCAGCAACAGGAGCUGAGAACCAACAUCGCACUCGAUGUUCUGAAAAUGCCGUUUUAUUUAUGAUGUCCGAGUGAAAACAAGUCAAACCUAUAUGGCAGGAUCUACAGCUACCACAUCACAAAAAGUUUAAGAAAAUCAGUCAAUAAAAUGAGUUUGCGUAU